AUGGCAGAUAUUUUUCAAAUAGUUAAUUUACAUUUAACAAAAAUUUUAACACCUAUCGUUAUUAUUUGUGGUAUCAUUGGUAACUCUUUUAAUAUCGUUGUACUUACACGACGUUGCCUCUACAAUCAUGCUUGUUCUCGUUAUUUCCUUGCACUAUCAAUUAAUAAUCUUUACUUUUGUACUGUAACUACGACUCAACAAUAUUUGUCUAAUAUUUCUUUGGUUGAUUUAGCUCAAACAUCAAUUCAUUCAUGUAGAUUUUUUGUAUAUGGUAAUGUGUUAUGUGUUCUUCUUUUACCUUAUUAUACUGUGAUUAUAUCAAUUGAUCGAUAUUGUGCAAGUUCAAAUAAAGUUCAAAUAAGAAAUUUAAGUAAUAUCAAAGUAUCACGAUAUGUUAUUACUAUUGUUACCUCAAUGUUUGCACUGUAUGCUUUAAUUUAUCCAAUAUUAGUUACAUUACGACAAGAUGAUGGAUUCGGAUGUCGAAUACGAUAUGAUAUGCCUUACAAGCAAAUAUUUGGACUUCUGUUACCUAUUACAGUAGCAAUAGUUGGACCUAUUCUUAUGACUAUAUUUGGCCUUUUAACAAUUAAAAAUAUCAGUCGAAAUCGUAUCAUACCAGUGGAAAAUUCAUUUUAUCGUCGUACCGAAAGUCAAUUAUUUCGAAUGUUAUUUUUUCAAAUAGGAGUAUAUGUUAUUUUAAAUACUCUAAAGGGAAUUACAUUUAUUAUAUCAAAUUUUCCGUUGUCAAUUGUCUCAACAUCACAAUUUCGUUUAGUAUCUAGUUUUUCUGAUAUUUUAUUUAAAAUAUCAUUUUCUACACCAUUUUUUUUGCUAUAUCCUAUCAAGUCGAAUUUAUCGAAAAGAACUUGGUGGUCUUAUAAAACAAUUAUGUAG